AUGCUUCUAUUUUUACUAGUCCCAGCUAAUUUCCUGCCAUAUGGGGAUGGAGACUUAGUAAAUCCUGUUUCAGAUGAUGGAAGCUCUGAUGCCAUUUACUUGCAGCAGCCUUUCAAAUACUUUGGACGCACAUACAAUCAGAUCUUUGUGAAUAACAACGGUCACCUGACUUUUACUCAACCACUGUCUGCCUACGUUCCUUAUCUGAACGCUGGAAUAGACAUCAUUGCUCCUCUGUGGACAGACCUUAACAAUCGCAACGGUGGAACUAUCUCCUACAGAGAGGAUAGAAGUAGUGCUGUACUGGCACAAGUCACUCAAGCUGUUAACCAAUAUUUCCCUCACAUUGGUUUUACCGCUACAUCAGCCUUUGUUGCUACCUGGGACAGUGUGCCAUACUUCUCUGGGGGAGGGGAGGUUACUUUCCAAGUUGUUUUAGUCUCCAAUGGUGACCGCUCUUUCAUCCUGAUCAACUAUGGUGACAUUGCACAAACAGGUCAAGUUUGGCUGGCUGGUUAUGACACGCUGGACUCUGUCAGUUCUUUCACAAUUCCAGCAGCCAGUGCCCCAGAACUCUCAUCCAGCAGUAAUAUCAAUGUGAAUGGUCGCUGGUCUUUCCAUGUUGAUGGUUCGCUAAACUGUAAGCCAGAGUUGCCUGUUUGUCGGCAACUGCCGGCUAAUUUCCUGCCAUAUGGGGAUGGAGACGUAGUAAAUCCCGUUUCAGAUGAUGGAAGUUCUGAUGCCAUUUACUUGCAGCAGCCUUUCAAAUACUUUGGACGCACGUACAAUCAAAUCUUUGUGAAUAACAACGGUCACCUGACUUUUACUCAACCACUGUCUGCCUACGUUCCUUAUCUGAACGCUGGAAUAGACAUCAUUGCUCCUCUGUGGACUGACCUUUACAAUGUCAACGGUGGAACUAUCUCCUACAGAGAGGAUACAAGUAGCGCUGUACUGGCACAAGUCACUCAAGCUGUUAACCAAUAUUUCCCUAACGUGCCUUUUUCCGCUACAUCAGCUUUUGUGGCUACCUGGGACAGUGUGCCGUACAUCACUGGUGGAGGGGUAAGAACUAAUCUUUGA